ACAUCACUUACCGAAAGAAGACGGCAACAGGAUUCAAGCAGCAGGAAGAUGCAUGCCAGACUGUAUCUCGAUCACACUCAUGAUCACUACACGAAUCUUGAUGUCUUGAACGGCAGAGUCCAGCUGCAGAUUCCCAAUCCUGUCAAUGUCACCAGCAUCGUUGUCAAGCUGGAGGGCGAGGCGCGCACGAGGCUCAUGACUGCGAUCAAACCUAGCCGAACGGACAAGCAGAGACCUGUGUUGGAGGUCCACAAAUUCUUGUACAAGACGCAGGUGGUUUGGCCAGCGGGUAUGCAACAAGAUGAGCUGCUCACAAACACCAAGCAAGCGUUCCCCCUGGACGCGGGCAAACAUGAAUACCCGUUUCAAUUCAAGCUGCCGUUGAACAUGGGCUGCCAACAACAGAACAGCCUCAGUACAAAUGUGUCCUUCUCCAAUAUGAUACCGGAAUACGGCAAAAACCCCACACAGCAUGUCAAGACCACUCUUCCACCAUCGCUCAGUGGUUUCCCAGGUGAAGCGGAAAUCCGAUACUUUGUAAAAGUGACGGUGAAUCGGCCGGAAUUCUACAAGGAAAAUCCACGAGAUAUGGCCAACUUCACGUUCCUCCCCAUAGAGCCACCCAGGCCAGCGCAAACCGAUGGUGAAGCGUAUGCAAGGAGAUCACAUCAAUUCUUGGAGGGACCACCGGGCUCAUCAGGAGGAAAGAAGGGAUUCUUUGGACACAAAGACCCCACAGCGCCCGAUGUCAAUCCAAACCAUUCGCCCCGCGUCAGUGUAGAUGCACGUUUGCCCAAUCCCGCCAUCCUCACAAUCAACCAAGCCUUGCCACUGAAGAUCCUUGUGAAGAACAUGGGAGAGCGCAGCAAGAACAUUUACCUCCAGAUGCUGCAGAUCGAGCUGAUAGGUUACACCAAAGUACGCGCGCACGAAGUGACGCGCACCGAAUCCAACAGCUGGCUACUUGCAAGUAUGAGCAACAUGGCUAUUCCUAUUGGUUCGCCGACAGACGCCGUGGGCACCGAAGUGCCGAUCAAUCAAGAGUACUGGUCUGACAAGUUGAUUCCAAACACGGUGGCACCGAGCUUUCAAGCAUGCAACCUAUCGCGUUCGUAUGAGAUUGAGGUUCGCGUUGGGCUUGGUUACGGAUCAUACAAUCACGGCGAGGACCAGUUGGUGGUGCUCCCACUCAGACUGCCGGUCAAACUAUACUCUGGCAUCGCACCACCCCAGGCGUUGCUGGAAGCUUCGUCGACGGGAGGAACGCCCACUGCAGCUGCAGCGGGCAAACCAAACUUCAUGCAACAGCCGUACAUUGGGUCGAACCUGAGGCCGCAGCAGCCAAACGCGGGACCAACCAUGGCAACCUCGCCCUCGCAGGGUAAAACGGGCGCGGACCCGUUCCCACCACAAGGAGCGGCUGGUACGCAGCAGGAGGCAGUACCCGAGGAUGCACCACCCAGCUACGAAGAGGCUGUUGGUGCCAACCUCCCGCCGAUCAACGGUUACAGAGGGAGCUACAUGCCCCCGCCUGUGCCUGAGGGUGCGCCCAGGUUCUCAGAGGACAGAAAACGGUAG